AUGUUUGAUGCGGAUGACAGGUCAGUGACGUCAUCGGUACAAGUGAAGAGUGCCGCGACAAUGCAAGGAUGCCUUCUGAGCUUGAUCCAACCUUUUAUCAAUCGAAUGUUGGAAGACCUUCAUGUCACACCCGAUCGAACUGAUAUCGGCUUUUACGCUGGCCUUAUCACUACAUUUUGGUGGGGAAGACUUUCAGAUCGGAUCGGAAGAAAGCCAAUCCUGUUGACCGGACUGACAGGUUUGUCAAUUAGCAUAAUCAGCUUUGGAUUACAAACUACCUUUAUCGGAUUGGUUAUUUCACGUUGUUUGGCUGGUGUGAUGAACGGAAAUGUGGCGGUGAUCAGAAGCGUAUUGGCCGAAAUUACCGACGAUACCAACAAAGCUCGGGCAUUCGAACCUAUCCCGGUACAGUGGGUAUCAUGGCAUAAUGCAAAGAUACUCUCAAGGCCACAUAUUCAUCAAAUAUAUCCUAUGAUCCAGGCCCUUGGCACCAUAGUGGGACCAGUAAUGGGCGGAUACCUCGCUCAGCCCGCAGAGCAGUACCCCAGUCUCUUUGGCGAGAUCACCUUUUUGAAGAAUUAUCCAUACUUUUUGCCAUGCUUUGUUGCGGGCUCGACAAAUGCUUUGGCAGUCCUAUUGGGGUUCAUUUACCUAGAAGAAACACUCGAAUCAAAGCAAACAAAGAAAGUAGAAAUCAGUCCACUUGUAUCCAAUCAAGCAGAGGGGUCGUCUUCCACAAACGAUCAGACCCCAAUUGGUCCUCCAUCUCUGAGAGACCUGUUUACUCCCACGGUCCUUACGGUCCUCUUGAGCUUUUUAUUUCUAGCGCUUCAAAAUUCAGCUUAUGCAACCCUUGUUCCACUUUUUUCCUACACUAGACUUGAAGAUGGUGGUCUCGGACUUUCCAUGAAUCAAAUUGGUACGGCACUGAGUACAAACGGUUUUGUAGCGGUGGCUUUCCAAAUGGGUGUAUUCCCCAUGCUUCAGCGAAGAUUAGGAACCUUACGCUUGUUUCGAAGUGUUUUACUUUUCGUACCAUUGUCGUUCAUACUAUUACCGGUCGUACGAUGGCUUACACUACGAUCUAUUGAAGUCAAUGGACCUUCCAGUGGGAAAUCAGUGGCUAUUUGGGGUUUAAUAUGCGUACUUGCUAUCAAAAGUUUGACCGGGAUGGGAAUGGUGUGUAUCAGUCUCUUACUCAAUGCAGCUGCCCCAUCAAAAUCGUCUUUUGGAGCUCUAAACGGUCUUGGUCAGUCAUGUUCCGCGCUAGCCCGGACUGUCGGCCCAGCUUCUGCAGGUGCACUUUUCGCUAUCAGUAUUAAUAAACACUAUCUUGGAGGGAACUUAAUUUGGGUAGUAGCCAUCUUCGUAUGUGGUUGUACUUGUUUGACAUCAUGGAGAAUUCAAUUAGAGGCUUCUCCAGUAAAGAAACCUUUCAAACGUCCAUUGCGAUCAACUACGUGA